AUGGAGCCUGGGAGAACCACAAAGUCCAACCAGUCACUGGUGGCUGAAUUCGUGCUGCAGGGGUUCUCGGAACACCCCUCCCUGCGGCUGCCGCUGCUGGGCUGCUUCCUGGUGCUCUAUGUCGUGGCUCUCACAGGUAACACUGUGAUUAUCACUGUUGUGGGCUUCAGCGCAGGCCUUCACAGCCCCAUGUACUUCUUCCUGUCCAACCUGGCCACCAUGGACAUCAUCUGUACCUCCACGAUCUUACCCAAGGUGCUAGCAGGUCUGGCUGCUGGACAGCACACCAUCUCCUAUGUAGGCUGCAUGGCCCAGCUCUUCUUCCUCAUCUGGUCUGGGUCCUCCGAGCUACUGCUGCUCUCAGUCAUGGCCUUUGACCGCUAUGUGGCCAUCUGCGUCUACAGCCCACUGCACUACAGCACCAUCAUGAGCUCGCGCAUGUGUGCAACACUAGCUGGGGGUGUGUGGGUCACCUGUGCCCUAAACUCCUCUAUCCACACCAGUCUGAUGGCACGGCUGAACUUCUGCAGACCCCGAGUCAUCGAGCACUUCUUCUGCGAGAUCCCCCCACUGCUGCUGCUCUCCUGCAGCCCCACGCGAGUGAACAGCAUCAUGACUCUCCUGGCUGAUGGGUUCUAUGGCUUCACCAACUUCAUGCUCACCCUGGCCUCCUAUGUCUGCAUCGUGGCCAGCAUCCUGUGCAUCCGCUCUCGGGAGGGCAAGCUCCGUGCCUUCACCACCUGCUCCUCCCACCUCAUCGUGGUCUCUGUGUACUACUCGGCCGUGUCCUGUGCCUACAUCAGCCCCGCUUCCAGCUACAACCCCGAGAGGAGCAAAGUGGCUGGGGUAAUGUACACUGUUCUGAGUCCCACCCUGAACCCACUGAUCUACUCCCUCAGGAAUAAGGAUGUCCACUGUGCCCUGGGCAAGCUCCUCCCCUUCUGUGGAAGGUGA